UGCAGAGUUGUGUCAAGAUGCUUCUGUUUUGGGUCACAAUACAUGUUCUUCUUCAUCAAGGAAAUACCUUGACGCCUGUUGUCACUGUUCAACUGGGUCAACCUGUGACUUUGAGAUGUCUUUAUACCGGGUCUGAGAGCAUCAGUUGGCUUCAUUGGUACAAACAAACUACAGGAGAUACUCUAAAAUUAAUUUUAAUGACACGUAUGAAUACAAACCCCAUCUAUGGACCAGGAUAUUCAUCUGCAAGGGUCAGCAGAACGUCUGAUGACAAAAUGGCCAACUUGACAAUUUUGAAGACCACUAUAGAAGAUGAAGGAAUGUACCACUGUGCUUUUAUUAAUUGGCUUGAAACUACUUGGAGUGGGACUUAUUUAUCAUUAAAGGAAAACAGUGAAACCACAUCAAGCUACCGUGUUGUUCAGCAGCCAGCUGUUUUGGAUCUACAUCAUAAAGAAACCUCUGAGACUCUGCGGUGUUCACUUGUCUCUCAGACUGAGACAGAGACUUGUGCAGGAGAUCCCAGUGUGUUUUGGUUUAAAACCGGAUCAGACAAGAACUCUCCUGAUCUCAUCUACAGUGAUGGAAAAAUUCCUAGAAAUUGUAAGAACAUGUCAAACACCCAAAAGAAGUGCAGCUAUAACUUCUCUAAGAACAUCAACUCCUCUGAUGUUGGGACUUAUUAUUGUGCGGUGGCCACAUGCAAGGAGAUAUUUCUCGGACAUGGAACAAGAAUCGAAAGCGCUCAUGCGUCACGUUUUGAGUUUAUGUUGCUGCUGGUGAUCAUAGGAAUCUGCCUGGCCAUUUCCGUGAUUCUGAAUAUUGUUUUCAUCUGUUGUCGAACUCAAAGAACACCAUGCACAAACUUGAGAGAAAUCUCAUCAAAAGCACAACACAAUGACAUGAAUCAACCAGAUGAUAUGACAGAAGAUGGAGACCAUGUGACCUAUGCUGCCAUGCAUUUCUUCACAGAGACGACAAAAAAGAGAGAGCUGGAGACUGAAGAAAGUAUAUAUUCUAAUGUCAUAUAUUCUUAAUCUCUUCUGAGAAGCAAGUACUAAACAUGCUUUUCAUUUAAUGCAGACAUUAAAAUGUCUAUGUUAAA